AACGCCUACAGAAGUCAAUAUCAUUUUUGAAAUCACUGGAAUGGAAAAUAAUGUGUGUCAAUGCCAAGCAUGGCUCCUGUCGGAAGGUAGACUCACUCCAGAAACACAGGCGGCUAAAUUCACUCACGAGGGAGGUAGUGUGCAAGCAACUCCGGAUAAUGCGCCUUCUGUAACACGUCACAGUACAGGUACUUCUCACUCUCCCACCGAUCGAUUGCCGGAUACCGGUGGAUAUUUUACCAGUGCCAGACCAGAUAGUGCUCAUUAUACUACCAGCCGCUGGCCAGGUUUUGCACAAUCCACCAUCAAGCACAAGCCAAAUAUUGAAAAUUUCAACGAUUCAAAGCUUAUCAAACAGCAAAUUUCUGUCAAUACUGAUGAAGAUGUUAAAGAUCAUACAGUUAAAAAUACCGCAAGGGAUCGCCCUAAGACUUUUAACAUGCAAAAUGUAAAUGUACCUGCACGUCUGAAUAUUUCUUAUGAAUACGACAAUAAAACGCUUGUGUGUAAGUUUGAUACAAAGGCUGGCAUAGAGGUUCAUAUUUAUACAGGGAAUAUAAUAAGCUUGCAGAACAUCGAAGCUGUUGUAUGUAGCGAAAAUAAAGCAGGAAAUGCGAAAGGUAUUGUAGCUACGUUGUUGUUGAAAAAUGGAGGAGAAGAAUACCUGCAGGAUAAGGCAACUAAGUUUAGUUAUAUCCCAGCAUUUGGUGAUAUUGUCACAACUACUGGAGGAAGAAACAGCUAUAUGUGGAUUAUACAUGCUAUUAUGCCGCGGAGAGAACCACAAGCAAUAUGUGCGAUGUACAGAAAAAUAUUUGAAGAAGUUGCAGAAAGAAGAUUUAUAUCUGUAUCCUUGCCCUUAUUAGGAACAGGUGUAGGCGAUGUAGAUCCAAGAACAUGUACAGAAAUGCUUUUGAAUGAACUGAUACAAUUUUGCCAAAAACAAAGAUGGCAAAAACUUUCGCUACAUAUAGUUUCCAAUGACGAGCUAGUUUGUGAUAUUGUCAAAGAUGUGUUUACUAAGACUAUUGACGAGAUGAAUACCAUAGAAAAGCCCACCAAACCCGAGGACGAUUUUGUGUUAAACAACAUAACGGACGAAUCAUCUGAUGAUGGGGAGAUCUAACGUGAACCACGAGACCAGGUUUGGUAAUCCGGGCAUAACUUCUUUUCAGAGCGUAGCUGAGGAGUUUGAAGAAAACAAAUAUUCAAUAUAGAAAGUAUUGAAACGACAUCUUUAAGGAUAAAAAACAAUGUUUAUAAUGUGACAGGUGCACACAUCUUUAGCGCAAACUUCCAUGAUUCAAAUUAUCACAAGAAAUAUCUUAAGAAAAAGAUAUUCGACAGAAAUGUCCUGGUUAACUUGUUUAUAAUGUUUAGAUACAUAUUUAUUUGACAGAAUAAACAAUGAGGUUAUUUAUAUUGAGAAAUGGAACACUGUGAGAUGUAUGUGUUCCUUAAUGAAUAUGUCUUGUUUCGAUAAGUGAACUCAGUUUCUAACAUCAACACCUACGCAGUCGGUAGGCAAUUAUAUUUAUAAAUACUCUAUUAAUAUGCAAAAAUAGAUAUAAAUUAUGAAAAUUAUAUCAAUUGAACAUAUCAAUGAUCAUAUAAUUUAUUGGUCAUUUAUUUGAGGGAGCCUGACAAUCGCAACUACUCGGCCCUUUCCGUCAGUCUUCGGAUAAGGACCUCGAACACAAUAGUAUGAAUACAAAGAACGGAUGCGGUAUUUCGGUCUAACCUACGCUAAGAAACUAAACUUGUAAACAAAAAGUAAGUUAAUGCUUGGAGUUGUUGACAAGUUUAUUUCCAAUAUAUGUAGUAAAGUCCACCUAAACUAAGUAAAUUCAUAUUUCGGAUUUGUUUAAAAUUGAACAUCAGUGGGCAUACUUAAAUUACAAAUUGUUGUCAGGCAUGUUUUUAAGCAUAAGAGUACCGGGACACACAUUAGAUGUCAAGUAUAUACAUUCGUUUUACAUUAUCUGUUUCUGUUUACAUCUGAAACCACGUGGUAGAACUAUUUUCAAUCAGUAUUGUUUUCGAGGUUUUUAUAGAUAAUAGCCGAGGCAGUUCCGAAUGGGAGCCUGAUAGGUAUUUUUUCUAUAUUUUCAUGCGCACGCGCGUGAAUGUUAUUGUUGGUUUUGUUAUUUUGGACAAAAUUUAUAACUUCUUGUAAAAUAAACAGAAGUUAUAACGUAAAAAAGAAAACUGUUCAAUAGAAAACAGAACUUCAAUAUCACAGGAAUCAAACUAGAAAGGUAAAGAACUAUCAUGUAUAUUUCAUUUUAGAACUUUCCUUGUCAUUUUACUUCCUUUUGGCAAGAACUAUCCUUUACACUUUAUUUUAGAAAUAUCCUGAAAAUUUUGUUUACUAUCCGUUACAUUUUAUCUUAGAAUAGACGGAGAUUCUCAGAUUUUAGUUUGUAAUUUUAAAAUGACCAAUGAAAUUCUCAUUAUAUUCAGUUCUUAUCUGUAAUUUUGGAAGAAAGUCAAACUGAUUUUAGAUGGCUUCUAACAUAAAGAAAGAAAGAAAUAAAGAAAGAAAAUGAAAAUUAAAUACCAAAAUAUUUGUUUUAUAUGCAAGAUUUAGACAUUUCUCUACAUUAUAUCCUCUUAAUAUAUAUUUAUAUUUUAUAAAGAUUAGAGAGUGAUUCCCUUUCAUUGAGUUUAAACUAUGAAAGUAAUGAGCAUAUAUUUUCCUUGAUCAUUUUGAAACUUUUAUUAUACGUACCCCGCAUAACCAAAGUUCUAAUUGGGGUACACUGGUUUGAGGUUGUCCAUCAGUUUGACAGCCUGUAUAUGCUUUUUCCAAGUCCGCUCUACCAGUUUAAAUAAAACAUGUCAUGAAGACUACUUGCUCAUAUCGUAAUGAACUUGACAUUGACUUAUAAAUGGCCAUAAUGGUCAAGGAUAAUUCUUAAUAUGUUGUUGAAAUUGGUUAUAAUUAGCCAAAGCUUUGCGAUUGAUUUUUCAUACAGUGUUUUUUUUUAAAGAAUUCAUUGUAUUAAUUUAUUAUCAUUUAAUCAAUGGAGGAUUAGAUUUGUUUUUCACAAUAACGUUGGUGAGGAUCUAUAGCUGUUAAAUUUUCAUUAUGGUUGUAAACAUUUAUCUUAGUAUAUUACCAAUAAGUGAAUAUUAUAUUCCUUUUUAUCAGUAUCUAUUGUUUCUUUUUUAACUAUAAGUAAUUGUGAACAUUUAUAUUAGUUAAUUAUCAGAUUUAAAUGUGUUUUAUCUCUGUUAUACUAUGAGGAUGUAUAUAAGUAUUAUUCAAGAGUUAUAUUAGUUUUUCACCAUUACACUGGUGAUGAUUAAAAUUUGUUUUAUCUUUGUUUUACAAAGAUGAGGAUCUAUAGUUGUUUAAUUAAGAUUUUUCUCUAAAAAUACUUGUUACUAGAUUGGCGAAUGUCGGCAUACGACUGGGCACGAGAUAUGACCAAAUCAAUUUUGAAAUCGACAAUACAAGCAGACAAGCAAACAAACAAAAUCUCUGACAUUCAUGAAGGGAUAAACCUAUAAUUAUUGACGUAAAUCUUGGUUUUGGGGCAAUUCCUGUUGCUCGUUAUAAAUGUGAAUGUGAAGAUUUCUGUUUCUGUUAUCAUCAUUUAAUUGGUGAAGAUUCAGAUUUGUUAUACUGAACAACUUUUACAGAGAAACACCUUUUGUAAGACAAUGGUUUUGGUUGUUGAUGAGAGAUGUUACUCUUCAUGUGUCACCGUUUCUUUUCAUGGCUUACUUCAGGAAAAAUUGGUAGUGUAUAAUGUUGUGUUAUUGAGGUUGUAUUGCAUCUUUAUCAUAUUGUUAUUGGUUUUUAUUAUUUUUAUUUUCAUUAUGAUUUUUAAAAUAUUUAUAUGCGUAAAUCACCAAAUAAUAAACCAGAAUAUUAUUUUUUUUCUCUCUUGAUUUGUUAGGAUCUAUUUUUUGUUAUAUUGUGAAAAUUUAUAUUUAUUUAGAUAAUGAACAUUAAAUUGGUGGAUAUUCAUAUUUGUUCUUUAUUAUAUGGCGAUGUUCUUUUAUUUGUUUAAUUUCGAUUAUGAUUAUUAAUAUCUUUGUAGUCAACGCCAUCUUAUUGGCUGAAUUAAACUAUCGUUCUAAUUGUCAAAUGAUUUCACUUUAUGCCAUUAGUACAUUAUGUUAGCUACUAACUAUUGAAAAUUAGAUUUUGAAGUUAUCAUGUAAACAUAUGUUAUAGAAAUUUAGGUGAAGUAUCUUCCAAACCAUAAAAACCUUUUGGUAAACAUUGUUCUAAUCCAUAUUGUUGUUGUUUUGUGCUUUCUGUUUUGUAUUUGGUUUUGGUAUGUGUAAACAUUAAUAAGAAAUACGGGAAGAUCUCUCCAGAACAACAGAGAUAAAAAGUGAAAAUUUAAGACACGGUUCAUGUAAGAUAAUGGAAAAUGCAACAUCUUUUACGCCUUCCACAGCACUAGCUCACGCAGUAUUUAAUCUUUAACAGAGUAAAGUUAAAGAAAAAAUAAUUCUGAAGAACCAGAAAAAUAUAAUUACACUGAAAUGAAGUAGGGUACAACUUUUUUUCAGCUGCCAUACAUUUGACACUUGCUGUUAUGAGUAUAAAAAAACAAAAGUUAACAGUAUAAUCAAUUCACCAAAGUUGAAAUAAGCAUUUCUUUGGGAAAUCAUAGUAUUUUGCACGUUAAACAAAACAACCUAUAUUAUUUCAAAUAUUAAUAUUGUGCUUGCAUAUUGUUUCUUAAAUAUAUCAAUAAAACUAUUUUCAGACAAUCUGUGAUAUUUUAUGUGAUAAGUUAUAAUUUGUGAUGUAUUUAUAUUGUUCAUUUCUACUUUUGUGAAAUAGUUCCUGAACUGCUCAUUUCAAACCUUAUUUAAAUGGAAAAUAAAAU